UGCCUCUCUAUCCCAACCAACCCAUUAAUCUCACUCACACAUUCACACUUGCUAUUACUACUCUGAUACCCUGCAUUUUCUUUCUCAAGAAAAGAAAAGAAAAAGAAAAAAAAACCAACUACAACACAACACACUGUUUUUCUCUCUCUCUCUCUCUCUCUCUCUCUGUUUCUGUCUCUGUGCAUAUCAUUCUCUCUGUGAAAAAUAUAAAAAGUACGGAACAAAGUGGUAGGGUAUAAGAGAGAGAGAAAAGACCAUUGCUUUGUGAAGGUGUAUUAGGAAGGGUUUAAUGGAGAUGGGCUUGAAGCUAGUAAUGCUGAAACUGUUGGUUUUGGUGGUGGUAUUGUGUUCUUGGGUUUCUUCUUGUACUGCCUCUGUUUCAUAUGACAGUAAGGCCAUAGUCAUUAAUGGCCAACGAAGGAUCCUUAUUUCUGGAUCCAUUCACUACCCUCGUAGUACUCCUGAGAUGUGGCCAGAUCUUAUUCAAAAGGCAAAGGAAGGAGGUUUGGAUGUAAUCCAGACCUAUGUUUUCUGGAAUGGGCAUGAACCCCAACCUGGCAAAUAUUAUUUUGAGGGGAGGUUUGAUCUGGUCAAUUUUAUCAAGCUGGUGAAACAAGCAGGCCUUUAUGUUCAUCUUAGGAUUGGUCCCUAUGCUUGUGCUGAAUGGAACUUUGGGGGUUUUCCUGUUUGGCUCAAGUAUGUUCCUGGUAUCAGUUUCAGGACAGAUAAUGGGCCUUUCAAGGCCGCAAUGCAAAAAUUUACCAUGAAAAUUGUCAAUAUGAUGAAAGCCGAAAGGUUAUACGAGUCUCAGGGUGGUCCAGUAAUUUUAUCUCAGAUUGAGAAUGAAUAUGGACCCAUGGAGUACGAACUUGGUGCACCAGGUCAAGCAUAUGCCAAAUGGGCAGCUCAAAUGGCUGUGGGACUUGGCACGGGAGUCCCAUGGGUCAUGUGCAAGCAAGAUGAUGCCCCUGAUCCCAUUAUUAAUACUUGUAAUGGCUUUUAUUGUGACUAUUUCUCACCGAAUAAAGCUUACAAACCCAAGAUGUGGACUGAAGCCUGGACUGGAUGGUUCACCGAGUUUGGAGGUGCAGUCCCUUAUCGUCCUGAAUUGGUUGUUUUGGCAUUUUCGGUUGCAAGGUUUAUACAAAAAGGAGGAUCUUUCAUUAACUACUAUAUGUAUCAUGGAGGAACAAAUUUUGGCAGGACUUCUGGUGGUCCUUUUAUUGCUACUAGCUAUGAUUAUGAUGCCCCUCUCGAUGAAUAUGGACUAUUAAGGCAACCUAAAUGGGGCCAUUUGAAAGAUCUACACAGAGCAAUAAAGCUGUGUGAGCCAGCUUUAGUUUCUGGAGAUCCCACUGUGUUUUCUCUUGGAAACAAUCAGGAGGCUUAUGUAUUCAAAACAAAGUCCGGAGCUUGUGCUGCAUUCCUCACAAACCACGACUCGAAAUCCUUUGCAAAAGUGUCUUUUGCGAAUUUGCAUUACAACCUACCUCCUUGGUCCAUCAGCAUUCUUCCCGACUGCAAGAAUACUGUUUAUAACACUGCAAGGGUGGGAGCUCAAAGUGCACAAAUGAAGAUGACUCCUGUUUAUGGUAUCGGGUUCUCCUGGCAAUCCUUCAACGAAGAGCCAGCCUCUUACAAUGACAAUUCGUUUACAACUGCUGGGUUGUUGGAGCAGAUAAAUACCACCAGGGAUAUGUCUGAUUAUCUGUGGUAUAUGACAGAUGUCAAGAUUGAUCCAUAUGAAGGAUUUUUGAAGAGUGGGAACUAUCCUGUUCUUACGGUUUUGUCUGCUGGUCAUGCUUUGCAUGUUUUCAUCAACGGUCAAUUAUCAGGAACUGCCUAUGGAAGUUUAGAAGACCCAAGAUUAACAUUCAAUCAGGGUGUGAAUCUGAGAGCUGGUGUAAACACGAUUGCACUGCUAAGCAUUGCUGUUGGUCUCCCGAAUGUUGGACCACAUUUUGAGACAUGGAAUGCGGGUGUUCUUGGCCCAGUUUCACUGAAUGGUCUCAAUGAGGGAAGCAGGGACUUAUCAUGGCAAAAAUGGACUUACAAGAUUGGUCUUAAAGGAGAAGCAUUGAGUCUUCAUUCGCUCAGUGGAAGCUCCUCUGUUGAAUGGGCCCAAGGUUCUUUUGUGGCACAAAAACAGCCACUGACAUGGUACAAGACUGCUUUCAAUGCUCCUGUGGGAAAUGAACCUUUGGCUUUGGAUAUGAAUACCAUGGGUAAAGGUAAUGUAUGGAUAAACGGGAAAAGCAUUGGACGCUACUGGCCUGGAUACAAAGCAACUGGUUCUUGUAGUGCCUGUAAUUAUGCUGGUUGGUUUUAUGAGAAGAAAUGCCUAAGCAAUUGUGGGGAGGCUUCCCAAAGAUGGUAUCACGUUCCCCGUUCCUGGCUGUAUCCAACGGGGAAUUUGUUGGUUGUGUUCGAAGAGUGGGGGGGAAAUCCAUAUGGCAUUUCUUUGGUGAAGAGACAAGUAGGAAGUGUGUGUGCGGAUAUUUUUGAGUGGCAGCCAACUCUAGUGAAUUGGCAGUUGCAAGCCUCCGGUAAAGUCAAUAGACCCCUGAGGCCUAAAGCCCAUUUGUCUUGUUCGCCUGGUCAGAAGAUCUCAUCAAUUAAAUUUGCAAGCUUUGGAACACCAGAAGGGGUUUGUGGAAGUUUCCGUCAGGGGAGCUGUCAUGCAUUUCAUUCUUAUGAUAUCUUUGAAAAGUACUGCAUUGGGCAACAAUCAUGCUCGGUACCUGUGGUACCUGAGGCGUUUGGAGGAGAUCCGUGUCCAAGUGUCAUGAAGAAACUCUCUGUGGAAGUCAUUUGUAGUUGAUGAUGUCGCAGAACGUAGCAUACAUACAAGGUCCCAGUUUAGUUCUUCUACACGCUUCAUACAAAUUCUCAAAUCAUUUUACAUUUUUGUUUUUCUGGUAACUUCGUUCAUCAAAGAUCAUGGUGACCAUUUGUUUUGGCUUUGCCAAGAGGUGAAGUUGUAGAAAUAUACGACACACCAUUUGGUUCAAAGCCCAUAUAAAUUCUGAAGAUGAUGUGCAAGUUUAAUGUAGAUAAAGUAGUUGUUGUCUUCAGAGGUUGGAGGUGCAGGGGGUUACAAGCACAUUGAGACGUAGUAAAUGUGUCCAUGUGCUUAUAUUGUAAUACAUCAUGUUUUUUUCGAACAUGUAAGCUCUUGGCUUUCAUUAAUUUCAUAGUUAUUGUUCUCUAUGUA